CCUUCAUCGGCUUCCCAGCGUUCAGCCUGCAUUCUCGUCGGAGAAGAGAACCACUCACCGGAAUCCAUGGAGUUUUUCUGGAUUGACUCUUGCCGGAAAAUCCCCACAACUCCUCUUGGCUCGUCUGGAGUUUGGAUUUUUUGAAUUGAUUGAAUCCUCACAACAGCGUUGUUGUUUUUUUAUGGAGGAUGAUGAAUCGAUUGCAAUGAUUUCGAGUUUUUCUCCGUUUUUCCUUGAGGUUUUCUUAGAGUGAGUUGGUGCUUUAACUGCGGCUAGAGAAAGGGUUUGGGGAGGGGGGCUCUCGUCAUCUUCUUAGGUUUCCAUUUUUAGGUUUUUCAGUGAAAUCUUCUGAUCAGUGUGACAGGGAAAGGGGGAUCGGUGCAUUCAUCUCUGAUUCCGCUUUUUUUUCAGCCUCGAUUUCGCGUUCUGUGAUUCAUUUAUAGCUUUAGAGGUUUUGGGAAUUCCUAUAUGUUCUUGGGAAUGGAGUCUUUGUAGCGCAAGAAGGAGUAGGUUUUCGUUUGCAUUUGGUGGAAGAGGAGGAGAAGCGGUGCUGCGAUUUCGAAGACGAUGCCGUUCCCGAUGAAGAUCCAGCCGAUCGAUUCCAGGACUGCGGCGAGGACCACUGAUUCGGUGAAACCUGCCCAGAAAUCGCGCCUGAAGCGGCUGUUUGAGCGCCAGUUCCCCGGCGUGCUCAAGAUCGCCCCGGCGGAGAAGCUCGUCGGCGAAACGAGAGAGAAGGACAGGGACGACGGCGAGCCAGAACCUAGCUCCUUGUGCCUUGCCAAGAUGGUGCAGAACUUCAUAGAGGAGACGGCGACCAACGAGAAGUCGGCCAGAUGCGGACGUCGCCGCUGCAACUGCUUCAACGGUAACUGCAGCGAUAGUGAUGACGAAGAUCUUGACUUCUACUACGCCGAUGCCGUCCCACCGCCGACCACUGGCGACACCGCCGACAUCCUCAAGGGUCUGGUUCCGUGCGCCAGCGUAGCAGAGAGGAAUCUCUUGGCGGACGCUUCCAAGAUCGUCGAGGAGAGCAAGAUCGGGAAGAGCAAAGAUGAUUGCCGGCGAAUCCUCACCGACGGGCUCCGAUCCCUCGGCUACGACGCUUCCAUCUGCAAGUCCCGUUGGGAGAAAUCCCCUUCCAUCCCCGCUGGCGAGUAUGAGUAUGUAGACGUCAUCGUCAAUGGAGAACGGUUGCUCGUCGACGUCGAUUUCCGAUCAGAGUUCGAGAUCGCACGGUCGACCAAGGGCUACCGCGUAGUGCUUCAAUCCCUGCCGUCCAUCUUCGUUGGAACCGCCGAUCGGCUCCGCCAGAUCGUCGCCGUCGUCUCCGAGGCGGCGCGGGUCAGCCUGAAGAAGAAGGGUCUCCACAUCCCGCCAUGGCGCAAGCCGGACUACAUGGCCGCCAAAUGGCUCUCCCCCUACCACCGCGCCACCGAUCGCGAUCCCGACGAACACGUGAAUCCGGCCCCAAUCGAUCCGAUCCCACCCGUCCAUUUCUCCGCCGAUCUCGAUGAUGAGAAGACUACUUCAGCGGCAUCGCCAUCUCCAUGGCAGCCGCCGGCUGUCAAACCGCGUCCGGCGUCCGGCAGUGGAGCCAAGGUCGUCACCGGCCUCGCUUCCGUCCUCGGCGAUGAACCCUGAGACGUUUUUAAUUUUUAAUUUUUUUAAUUUUUCUUUUUUAAUUUUUUUUGUCGUUUUGCUGAGAAUAUAAGUUUCUAUAUCUCCGGUUACUUUUUUUUUUAUAAUUUUUUUUUUGUAACAAGAGAGAGAGAGAGAGAGAGAGAGAGGAGUGGAGAAGAAACUCGUUUCUACUGAGAUUAAAAGCGUAAAACAAUAUAGUAGUAUCAAAUAUAUAACAAAAAUUUCUAUUUUUGUUUCUUUCUUCCUAAAAAGGGCGCAGCAUCUGGUACGUAUCUCUAUUAAACUCCCCGUAUUUUGUAUGUGUUUUUUUCUCCUCAAAAUUAUACACAGGUUAUUUGUUAAGCAGUUCAUUCAGUGCUCACGGUUUCUCCAGAGGGAACAGCAUCAUCGACGAACGACGGAACAACAAGAAUGCGAUGGAGGGGGAGGUCUUUUAAGUAAAACCUUUUACAUGAUGUAAAACCACUUCCGAACCUGGUUUCCUAAAAUUCCUACUGAUUGGAAAACGACUGCACUGGAAGCAUAGGACCCCUCACACUAUGGCUGGGUAUCAUGUCAUCGUCCCUGUUCCUUGCUUUCUUUCUCUUAAUUGGAAAUUUCUCCCUUUUGUUUUUAAUUUAACUUUUUCUUUUUUCUUUUUAUUUUUUA